AUGAUAUUGCCGGACGACAGCAAACCAACAAUUGUCUGGGAUCCUGUAAAGGGUAGAUAUGUGGGUGCUGGCGUUGAGGAGGAGUCAACAGCAGCUCCGCCUCCCAAAUUAGAUGGCCUUUCUGCGACAAACACUGGUUCUGGUGGACUCCGUGCUGCUCGUACAAGUGGAGGAUCUCGGUAUUUCAACCCAUUGAACCAAGCUUCAACGCAAAAUGGUGCUGCUGCGCCCCCACCUGCACCUGUUCCAGCGAUGCCGCUUCCUACACAGUUUGGAUUUAUACCCACAAUGCCUGACGACGACACGACCGAAUCAGUUGAUCCAUUCAGCGGACAGGCGAAUCCCACUGUGCAUGGAGUAGAAGUAACACCCGCACAGUGA